UUCUACGGAAGAGGGCUUACAAUUUGUCUCUUAAAGUUCAUAGUUCCUUUAAGCUUGUAAGGGUUGGCUUGACAAUAUAAAAGGGGCUACAUUUGAUGGGCGUCACUAGGGUGCUAGUCACAACAAAAUAUCUGCUGCUUAUGAUUGUUGAUACAACGUUUUCACAAUGCCCCGAGGGCUGGUUUGGCAACAAGUGUGAGUACCAGUGCCACUGCCAGGACCAGAAUUGUGACGCCAGUGGCGCGUGUCCUGUAGGUGCUAAAUGUGCCAGGUCCUACUUCGGAUUCGCUUGUCAAUAUUAUAACAUAAUGGACCAACGGACCGCCGACUACUUGCUAGACGAUGACGACACGACUUGCUCCAAGGCCGAGAUUACAGCAGCGACUAAUGACGACAAAACAGAUCAAAUCUUCACUUUCGCCUGGAUCGUUCUGUCAAAAAAAGCGGCCAUCCGGGACCUCAAGUUCUCAUUUUUAAACGCCGACCGCCGGUCAGUCGUCUGCUCCGGCUGGGUGUUCACUGACGUCACCAGCAAGAUUGUGGAGCUACGAUGUACCAACAACAUCUUGUUCACGAAGUUCAAGGUCACAACCAAAAGCGCAGUCGAGGUCUGCGGCUUGUACAUCGGCAGAGGUAGGUCCGUAGCCCUGAAGCAAGUGACGUCAAGCAGUGACCUCCAGCACGCGGACGUCAGGGCAGACACGGUGGUCGACGGGCACCGGUACGAAUCCCCUGGGACGGGCACCAAAUGCUUCGGCACGGUAUCCAGGGGGCUUCGGGCGUAUUUGGGCUUGAUUCUGGAAAAGCCCAUACUGGUCUUCUCUGUUGACAUCUACACGAGACAAGCAAAUAGCCAGGAUAAGAUUGCCGUCAAACUAAUUGACACUUCCGGUUUUGAAAAGGAAGCGCUACAGCCCGGAAGGUCAAGAACGUCUGGAGUGUUUGAGUACAAACUGAGCUCCCCUGAGCUGGCUAUGGGAGUUAAGAUAACUUCCGUUGGGAGAAAAGAGUUUAGUGUGUGUGAGGUGGAGGUUUACGGAGAUUGUGCUGCCGGUCAGUUCGGGCUGGACUGUAAACAUUCGUGUGAGCAAUGUCACAGUCAGCUGUGUGAGAUGACUGGAAUUUGUCUGUCUUGUGAGGAGAAGCAAGGCUUCACGUCGUGUCGCAAAGUGUGCGGGAAGUGUGCGGGGAAUAAACAGUGUGAUGAGGACACAGCGGUGUGUGUAGACGGCUGUCUACACGGCUACAGGGGUGACCGGUGUAAUAUGUUGUGUGACCCCUGCCCUAACAACUCUACAUGUGACAGGUACACAGGUGCCUGUGAUCAGUGCCCCAAGGGAUUUUUUGGCGACGAUUGUCAAAAACCGUGUACAAACUGUGCAGGUGACGGUUCGUGUAUGAAAGAGGAUGGGUAUUGUGUUGACGGCUGUAAAAACUUAUUCAUGGGCGACUUUUGUCAACAAACCUGCCCCAACUGCCGGGUAUCAUGUGACAGGGAGACAGGCUACUGUGCUGGGGAGUGCAGGGAGGGGUACUGGUCGAUAUCAUGUGAUGAGGACUAA